GCGGUGCUCUCUUUUCCGUACCCGUGUCGCCGGGGCAAGGAAUCGGGUAACGUCCAGGCAAAACGGCACGAGGUACUCACUAAACUCGCUCGUUCGCUCGCUCACUCACUCCUGGUGGGGCAAACCACGAACGCGGGAUAGUCUCGGCAGCGACUCGAGGGUAUUUUCAUCGCGGCAGUGCAACAUGUGCACCCAGUACUACCGGUGCACGCAUUCGUCUCGAUCAGUCUCUACCAGCUUGUGCUACCAAAUUUGUGGCGGACAGCGGGUGCAUUCAACCUCCGGAAGAUAUGAGUCGCGGUGUUAGUGAUAGCUCUCGUGUAUUUUGCGGUUGAUAUCUGAUCGAUCAUUGCGUGGCUCUUCGGUGCGACCGACAUCUUAUCGGUGGAAAACAUCGGCGAGAUGAAGACAGUCGGAUGACGCCAACACUGUUACCCGCGAGAUGGUAAUAUGGCGAACAUUAAAGUGGCCGUGCGCAUAAGACCGGUAUCUGUUAGGGAAUUAAACUUGACGGGAUCCGCAGUGGUGGUUCGCGCGGAAUCGAAUGAGAUUUCCUUGACAAAUUUGAAGAUCUCGUCGAGCAAGGUCGGGGACAGUCGCGAGAGAACCAGGAGAUAUGAUUUCGAUUACUGUUUCGAUUCGUCGGAUCCUGAAGCGAAGAAUUAUGCCACUCAAGCGACAAUCUACGAAACACUAGGCCAGUCCAUCAUGGACGCUAUGUUCUCUGGAUAUAAUUCUUGCCUGGUGGCUUAUGGACAGAGCGCAUCGGGAAAAACCUACACCAUGAUGGGCACGAAGGAGGAUCCAGGACUAAUUCCACGGCUCUGCGAAGGAAUAUUUUCAAAAAUCGAGCAGAAGAGCGAGCACGAGAGGAUCUAUCGCGUGACAGUUAGUUAUCUGGAGAUAUACAACGAGAGGGUGAGGGAUCUCCUGAAACCGUCGACGAGCACGAGCGGUCUCCGAGUUCGAGAACAUCCUCGACUAGGACCUUACGUUCAAGGAUUAACGCACCAUGUGGUUCGUACCCUGGAGUCGUUGAUAUCAUACGUGGAGGAGGGCACGAAGGCCAGGAAGACAGCGUCGACACUUCAGAACCCCAGCAGCAGUCGUAGCCACGCUCUGCUGACCGUCGACCUCUCGCAGGAGACGGCCGACGCCGAGCGUCCUAACGGCAGUGGUACUUGCUCGUCCUCCAGGAGGCAGGACGCCACUCCGCGCGGCGGUAGCAGGUUACACCUAGUCGAUCUGGCGGGCAGCGAGAGCGCGGCCACCUGCAGCGGCGUUCAUCGACUGAAGGAAGGUGCGAAUAUCAACAAGAGCCUGGUGGCUUUAGGCAACGUGAUAUCCGCACUCGCCGAGAGAGGCUCAACCGGAAAUAGGCCGGGAAGAAGAUACAUCCCUUACAGAGACUCUUCGCUCACUUGGCUGUUGAAGGAUGCACUCGGCGGAAAUGCCACCACCAUUAUGCUCGCCACGAUAUCUCCGGCCAGCGGAAGUUACAACGAGACCGCGCACACCCUACGAUUCGCGCAAAGGGCGCAGAGCGUGGUCAAUCGACCAGUGGUCAACGAGGACCCCGUGGAGAGAAUCAUCCGUGAAUUAAGAGCCGAGGUCGCCAGACUGAAAUCUCUAUUGCUCGAAAAGGAUAUCGACCAGACUAAGGCGCCGUGUUGCUGCGGUAAAGUUCAAAGUUCAAAGGAUUCCGCGACGGAUCCUCAGUAUCGCGAAGAGCAGGAAUCAUUCAACACUUGGCGAUCCGAGGAAUCCAAUCAUAAGGACAAGACUAUACGAUCGAAAGAUAACAGAGUUCACGAUAUACUUCCGAUAAGAAGAUUCAAUUCCAGUGAUAGUGUGACGGCUUACGAGGCGGACAAUUCAGGGCCCAUCAGAAAAUUCAACUCCUUCGAGCAUCUGCGACUUUCGGAUCGUUUCGUCGGCAAUUAUAAUCAGGCCAAGGUUACCGAAUUGAAUGACGAGGACGACGAGGUGGUGGACGAGAUCAGUGAACCGGUUUUCGUGGAUAUACCGACGCUGGUGGCCGUGCUGAUCAAGCCGGACGACAGCUUGCAAGAAUCGUCGACACAUAUCGAAGAGAUUUGCUCCGACGAAGUGCAAGAAGAUUCGAUCGACGCCGAUUUUAUAGAAGGCAGCAACGAAGAUUUCGAGGGAACGGAAAGAAUCGACGACGAUCCCGAUGAUCGCAGUAGUUCAGCGAAUUCCUGCAUCUUGAAAGACUCGGAGAUUGUUGACCUUCAUCAGAUUGCGUCAGAAUGCCCUCCAGCAAGUCCGGCAUCCGUUGGCAGAAGCAGACCGAGAGCUAAGUUCAGUAAGCAAAAUUCCGUCGAUUUACCCUCGUCCAACUUGAGCGUCUCCAAGAAAUUCGGUUCUAUCGACGGGAUUAGCAAGAAGCGAGAACCAGCAAUUGUCGGUGUUCAGCGAUCGCACACGAAUUUGGAGAAACGCCCGACGCUGCCCGAUCGUGGAAAGAAGCUCAAUAAUAUCCGCGAGAUCGACGAUCGCAAGGCGAACGUUAAGUCGGGAAGUAUCUGGAGGGCGAUCGGCAGCAAGGACCACCUGCAGAGGAAGAGCAGCAACGAGUCCGACAAGAGUCUCAAAGACUCCAACAGAACAGGUAGCUAUAAUAACAUCGGCAGAAAACCGAGUUUGGAAAGCUUGAAGAGAAAGACCAGUAAAGACAGCAGCUCGAGCAGCUCCAAAGACGAGCAGAUCUUGAUCUCGAGUUUGGCGCGCGACAAGCUGACGCGCAGGAAGAGCUCCUUAGAUCCGGACGCGGUAACGUCCGCGGUGACGGUGGUGGGCGGUUUAAAACAUCACACGGCCAUUCAAAAAGUAAAACGCGCCGAGAUUGUGGCGGCCGUCACGGAAAGACUCUACUCCAGCAGAAAGCACACGGAGGAGACCAGCAUGGCGAGCAGCAACACGUCGGGUACGCGUUCACCGCCGGAGGGUAUCGACGUGAAGAUGCCAGGCAGUCUCAUAGCGCGAUCGAGGCUCCAGGAGAUUUCGCGGAAGAUGCUGAUGAAACGACGGAGGAUCACCGUGGACACGCAGACGGAAGCGGCGUCGACGCUGCGCUUCAAGGACACGGCGUGUCUGACGGACGAACCUAAGGUGGUGCUCCAAGACGCAGCGGUUCUCACGGACGACCACGCGGACGGCGACGUCGCAGUAAUCGCGAUAGCGGAUCGCAGAUUACCCGUUCUCCGAGUGAAGGACAUGGCAACGCUGACGGAUCGACGGCCACAAACCAGCAUCUUCCGCUGCAGGGAUGUCGGAAGCUUGGCCACCGAUCUCGACUUCGACGACUAUGAACUUCACUCGCCGCGAAACGAUUCCGGUAUACUCUCCGACGACGCGCAGAAUUACGCCGAGAGCAAUCUGUCCAGCGCCGACGUAUCCGAGCUUUAUCCGGAGGGUGGCGACAAAAGAGUGCCGUGCGUGGAUAGCUCGACCAACACGUUCCUCGCGUCGCCAGGGAGGAAUUCGGCGGUGCAGACGCCACGUUUGGAAACCGCGAGUCGGCAGAAAGAUAAUUCGGAGAGCAGAAGCUACAGCAAAUGCUGCAGUCUGAUUCACGAGCUCAGCCAACACGUACGAGCGAACAGUCCCGAGAAGAACGUUAUCUCUAUAUCUCUACCGGAAACAAUUAAUAUAACAAUCGAGAGCGCGAAUGGUCUAGAGUCGAGGAUAGCGGUGAUGGACGGCAGCGAUGCCGUGGAGGAGAAAUCGAAGCCUAUUUCCAGCGACAGGGCAGCUCAGACGGAUGAAGAGAUUAAAAACGGAACUGGAGGAUCUCUUUUAAAGGAUUUUACAGUCAAAUCGACGGCCACGCAGGCGGACGGCAGAGUUUUCAGGAUCGAGAAUAUCUUUCAGGACCCGAGAAGCAAAAGCUACCAUGACGUGACGUCUGAUUUGAAGAAGGAAAUCGCGAUCAAGAAGUCGAUAACUUUUACAAGUUCUUUAGGCACUUCUUCCGCCAUCGAGACGAAAGAGAGCGGCACGGAGACGGAAUGGAACGGAAUAUACAUUGAUAACGUUUGUCAGAGAACGCGACCGAUUCCGAGAGGCGGCUUAACGCAGGCUUUCAUCAUUAGGAAACGUAGCCACAGUUUGAAUCCUAGAAGAUCAACGCAAAGAUUUGCCCGUCAUGAUUUAUGGAGAAACUGGACCCUUCCGUGUCGAGAAAAAUCGUCGGAAAAUUCCGAUUACCACAGAGAGACAACGACUAUGCCAUCUUCUGCGCAACAAGACACUAAUUUAGAGCUAAUUGAUAAUUUUUUCUCUUCUACAAUAAACAGCGAAUGUACUUUUGUCGCUACAACUCCCGAAGAAACGGCUCAGGAAUCGCGUGAUCAAGACUCCAAGGACAGUUGCAAGAAUUUGAAGAAAUCAAAAUCUAUUUCGUUAAAGAACUUAUUACUAAACUGCGAUUAUAAUUUUUCGGACGACAGUCUUGAUUACGAUGAAGACAACAUGGCGAACAAGUCAGCUGAGGCGAAAACGAUGGAUUCGAACGACGACAUGAACUACGAGAGCUUUUGUCCUCCGGAUGUCGUUGCGCACACGAAAAAGGAAGCUUCGAAGCCAAGUCAUGGAGAUUCGGCGAACGUCGAGUCCUCGAUAGACGAUGAUUUUGAUGAUACUCGGAUAGAGUUUCCGAAGAGAAAAUCUGCUGAAUUGUCGGAGAGGAAUCUAAUACAGGAUUACAAAGCAUUAAUUCUAGGGACAUCGUCGCGCAUCGUAGACAGUGACUCCGAAGAAGAAGCAAAAACUAGACCACUUGACAAUAUCAGCAAGAAAAAAGUAUCUUUUUCAAAUCGCAAUAAUCUCGAAGAGAUGUCUGACGUGACCAGUCGCAAAGUUCUGGCAUCAAAGCGAACCUCAGAAGUGGGCUUAAAGCCUAUUAUUAAGAAGAUGAAGAAGAAAAAGCCGGUUGUGACCGAAAGUUUGGAUAUCAUUCAAUCGAAUGUCGAAGAUGGUCAGCCUUUGAAGCAAAAAACGAUCCUAUCGACAAAGAGCGAAGAAGUUCUGCCUGUGUUGAGAGAGAAUCAUGAGUCUGAGGACUCCGAGGCAACGCUUAACGACGAGAAGGUGGAGUUUUCCAACGAGAAUCAUCGCGAGGAUUCUUGCAACAAGGUUGCUGAAGAUAAUGUCAUCGAUGAAGACACUCGUUCUCGUGCAGCAUCGAAGAGAAAUAUUCUUGAAGAGUACCUGAAUGAGGCAAUAAUCUUCAUGCGCAACAUGAACUCUAUCAACGAGUACAUGAGUGCCACGAACAUGUUGGAGAACUAUGGAAAGCGUCGCAGAAGACGAGGUCGUCGUGGGAACAAUUCGAGCACAGAUAAAGAUUAUAUAGAGUUCCGAGGGCGCAGAGUGAGCUUGAAGGAUGACACUGACAAAUACCUGCCGGAUAAUGAUGAAGUUGUUGCUGUCGAGUCCUACGCAAAGUGUUUGAAAGGUAUCGAGCGAUUGGAAGCGUGUAUCGACAAAGUCAGCAAGCAUAACCAGGUCCUUCGAGACAAAUAUGGCAUCGAUGUCGAGUCUGCUGGCGCUAAAUCGAGUUUAGCGAGUCCCAGUAUAGGCUCCGAGGUGUCCAGCAUCGUCGACAGCUCGAUCCAUUACCGCGAGAACAUAGUUUCCGACAAUGACGCUGAGAAUUGCGACGAGUCCAGUCUUACCAAGAUUCCCUUGCCGCUUUUACCCGCCACUCGAAUUGACAUGACGCAACAGUCUACGUUAAACGGGCUAGAAAAGUAUCAAGCUCUUACCGAGAUAGACAAACGCAAUCUUGAUGACAAAAAUAACAAUAUUACAACUGAGGAUGAUCUCGAGCGUAAAAUCUUCGAUCAACUAAUGGGCGCAGCCGAUUUUAGUAAAUGCUGGAGUCUGAAGCAAUCCCGACGGGAACGCCUCCGGAAAAUAUCCGACCUUAGAUCGCAAAGCCCGACAACUUACUCCAAGUUACGAGGGACUUUCCAACAAGACACCCACGGCAUCCUUAAUUUCGACCAAGUUUCUACCGCCGAGGAUUAUCUCGGCCACAUUCGCGGAAUUGAGAGUAGCUCCUGGACAUUGAGGAAAACGCAACUCUCGGAUCAACCGGACGAUACCAGUUUGACGACAUCGAUCGGUUUUAAAAUUGAUUCUGAAGAAUUUUGCAACGAAUCGCCGGAAGAUUACGAUAAUCUGUCAGAUAUCGAGGCGUCAAACGAGCCGACGAUCUUCGAGAUAAAACAUCAGGAUUAUUUGAUAGAUUCUACAAACUCGAUCGUGGAACAAACGCCUUACAUGGAGAAGGAAAUCGCGCGGAGAUCAAGAGACAGUUUAAGAACUGAGUUAAUGAAUCCCAGACUUGGAGAUUCUUUCACUGUGGACGUGAAAUAUCCCGGUAGUCCAAGGGCGAAAUUUUUGGAGCUUUUAAAAGAAAGAAGACGCAUAGUUGAAAGCAGCAGGGGUACGAAUGCGUUUUAAGAUCGUUCAAGCGGUCUUUCUUUUUAAAAUGUACAUCUAUUUUUCACAUGUAUUUUGUAUUUUGACGACUAUUAGAUAGAAUGAGAGAGAGAAUAGUUAUAACGUUCAGUUUAAGUAUAGGAAUAUUUUAAGACAGAUUUGUAAAUAAUGACAUCGUAAUAUUCACGCGUGUGUUCUCUUCAUUUUAUCAGCUUUUCAUUUAAUAGUUUAUUUUUAAUAUGUAAUUAUGAUAAUAAUUGUAUCGAUAAUUGCGUGCAAAGUAUUAAUGGAAUUUCUAAAAAUACACAUGUAUUAACGUAUUUUAUUUAACAUAGUUUGUCCAAUUGUCACAUUCAAUAUUUCACAUUUAAUUUCUUAACGCUGUUACCAACGUUUAAUCUAAAGUCAAACAAGUUCAAACAAUUUUUAAUUGAAGGCCAUUAAUAUUUUUCACAUAUUUCACAUUAUACAUGUAAUUGAACUAAUUGUAUCUUGUAUAUAAUGAUAAAUAACGAUUUGCAUCGUAACUUUUUUCCAAAUUAAUAAUGCACAAUUGCCCACUCUACAAAUUUUUAUACAACUUCUAUUAUAAAAAUAUCGUAAUAUGUUUCAAUAAUAAUAAUAAGACAGCUUAAUUUAUAAGAAUUGUAUUUAUCAUCUUUAUGAGAAUGUGUUAAUGUUAUAAUGCUGUAUAUCAUAUAAGAUAAGAGAAAUAAUUAUUAUAUCACUCGUAAGUAUAUCGUUUAAUAAAGGCUAUUUUACGAAAUAA